CAUUUCGCUUCUACUCUGGUGAUCACAUGUUUAUGUGUCCUUUGUUAACCACUGAAGACUAUUUGGUGAAAAUGGCCCCGAGAUUACUAGGACUUUGCUGGAGUUCAGGCAUCAGUGAUAUGGUGACUUUCUCUGUUACUCCUUGUGAACCAGCAGACCCAUGAGAUUCACAUGGUAAGAAGGUUCCUAUAGACAAAGACUCAUACUUCCCAGCUGAAAACAGGAUGGCGUGGCUGAUUCCUCACCCCUUGCUCCCAACAUCCUUGUUUCCCUCUGGACUGAAAGCAAGAUGCUCCUCCCACCCUUCUUUUCUUGGAAGCCAACCGCCUUUGUAAGCUGUAUAAAAUUCAUACGCCAGGGAUCCAGGAGUUGCAGAAACUGGCCUUCUGCUCUCACCUGAAGACAAAGCUAGAGACCCAGCUAGGCUCUCUCCCAGAGGAGUGAGACCGCCAUGGCUCAGGAGAGGUUCUUCAACCUGUUCCCACUUCUGGUCCUGGUGCUGCUGGCACUGGGGUGUGUCCAGACUUCUCUGGGCAAGGAAUCCCGGGUCAUGAAGUUCCAGCGGCAGCACGUGGACUCAGACACCACCACCAGCAGCCCCAGCUACUGCAACGAAAUGAUGAAGCGCCGGGAUAUGACAGACGGAUGGUGCAAGCCAGUGAACACCUUUGUACACGAGCCUCUGGCAGAUAUCCAGGCCGUCUGCCACCAGAGAAAUGUCACCUGCAAGAACGGGCAGCCCAACUGCCACAAGAGCACCUCCAAGAUGAACAUCACCAACUGCCACCUAAAGCAUGGCUCCAAAUACCCCAAAUGUACAUACCAGACCUCCCAGGAAAAGAAAUACAUCAUUGUGGCCUGUGAGGGGGACCCAAUCAUGCCAGUCCACUUCGACGAUUCUGUUUAGGUCUCCACUUGAGGCCAGAGCAGCGAGAUGCUCCCCUCACCAACUGAGACCCCUGCUUCUCCCCUCUCCCUUCCCUGCCCUGAGGGAAAUAACUCAUGUCUGAGCUCCUCCCCAAUACAUAAAUCCUUCCCUGCCCAAGGCUUCCCUUUGCAUGGUUUGAGGGGUGGGGCGGGCCCGUGUUAACCACUUCAUAGCUUCUUUCAAUAAAAUACAGC